UUGUCAAAUUGACCAAUAGUAUUUCGAAUAUCCAACAACGUCAUGUCGUUGCAAGGCUACGUGCGGCGCUUGCGGAACAGGGUGUCAACGUUCUCUGCGGCUAAUGCAGCUAGAUUUGAAACCAAAAUUGUUGAUUAACGACCAUACAAUUGUCUUUAUUUGCCGUUUGAAUGUACUGGAAUGUCUGUGACAGACUGGUACGCGCACAAGUCGCUGGAAAACGAAGUGUUUUGGAUCCAGGAGCGCUUUUAUCAAUCUGGGAAUAGGGCGAAUAUAUGGCUCAUACGGGGGUCCCAUCAGGACGUCGUCAUAGAUACCGGGCUAGGUUUACGGAGUCUGCCUGAAUACAUCAAUGCUAAGGGGCUGUUAGGCGAGGAGUCGAAGCGAAAGAAUCCGGUCUUAGCAAUCGGCACCCAUGUACAUUUCGAUCAUUCGGGUGGGCUGCAUCAGUUUAGACAGGUGGGCGUGCACAAGGCAGAGGUGGAUGCUUUGGCUAACGGAGAUAACUUCGAGACCGUGACAUGGCUAUCUGACCGCGAGAUCGUGGAGGACCCGGCACCUGGAUGGAGAGCAAGGCAGUACCGGGUGAAGGCGGUCACGCCCACCCAUAUAUUACAAGACGGUGAUGUCAUCAAUCUUGGGGACAAGCAACUGACUGUCCUUCAUAUGCCGGGUCAUUCCAGAGGCAGCAUCUGUCUCCAUGACAAGGAGAAUAAGAUGCUGUUCAGUGGUGACGUGGUCUAUGACGGUUCCAUGAUUGAUUGGUUGCCCUACAGUAGGAUUGGCGACUAUGUGCGUAGCUGUGAAAGACUGGUGGAGAUGGUCAAUAAAGAGGAGAUUGACCAGGUCAUGCCUGGCCAUUAUAACACUUUUGGCAGCAAGCGUCUACAUCGCUUAGCCUCUAACUACAUCGCUGGUGCGAGUGUCUGCCACAGAGCCUCUACAUGUGUGGUGAAGUCCAUUGCCAGCCUGGCACUUCGAGCUUCCAAUUCACGAAGUGCCUGUUAGUAGAUAUGAUAUUAUGCAAAAGCAAGUGUUGCUGCACACCUUAAUAUUGAGCACAUUGAAAACACUGAGCAAUACAGUGUGUUGCUGGAACUACAGAAUACAGUGUAUUUGUUGUUAAUAAUUUAAAAUCUUUGUGCUGCAUAUCCUUCAAGCCUUCAGAAAUGUUAGACAUUGGCAAUUUCUUAAAGGCAAGGCUGCAUCCUCCGGAGGUAGCAUAUCAUCAAGCCUGGAUUAUUUCAGUUAACUGAGCAUUACAUUAUCAAAUCAUAAGCAUAUUACAACAAUUUACGAUUAACUAAAGUAUAAAGUAUAAUAUAAUAAAGUAUAAUAGUAAACUUUAAAAAAAUUUAAAUUCUAAAAUAAGACCUACAAAUGGAAGGAUGCAGUCUUCCAUUUGAGUAAUGGCGCUCGCCAUAUGACCAGUUUCAAAGGCGCUGUGUGUAACUUUUUAUUAUAUUGAUUUCUCCUGUUUCAGUUAAACGUGGAGAGACAACAAGUAAGCCAACUUCACUUUUAAUGAUUUAUUUUACAAGAUUUAAUCAUAAGUUUUAAUAAAGUAGAUGUGAGGUUUACAUAAUGAAAAGGCCAUACCUUCAAUUAUAGGUAAACUGAUCCCAAAAUCACACAUUGUAUGCUAUGUGUUGGUUUAAAUAGGAGACAUUUAGUUGCAUGGGAGGGGCAACCUUCCGAUCUCUCUGAUGAAGCCAAUACGGAAGUAACUUAAACUGCAAUUCAUCGACUGGCCGCUAGAGGUAGGCUCCAAAAGGGAGUCAAUUCCCAUAUACCCCCAUAUGUUAAAGUGGCCAACUUUACAGUAGAAAAUAAUAUGUUUACAGCCUGGUACAAAAAUAGUUUUUGGUCUGUGUAUAGCUAAUUUUGCCCUUCAUGACAACUGUGAGGGGGAUUAAUUAUUUUGUAACUCCUCCGUUUAAAUUAUAUUAAGCUUUAACUUCUGCAUAAUUAAGGGCGUGGCCACUUGAGUGAGGGGUGAACAGCCACUGCAGUCACUAGAAUCAAGCUAGGCGGGCUUGGUUUAAGCAACCAGACACCUCAACUUUACCCACGUCCCGCCUCUUUACUCAUUUUCGGAUAUCCGCGAGUGAUGCGCGAUGACGCGCAGCCAAGAUGGCGAAGGCAGUCAACGCCUACUUUAAGCUUCAAAAAUGAUCUUCAGAAACCAAUGGGUGAUGUCACGGACAUUAAGUCCAUCUUUUUUUUACAGUCUAUGGUUGCAAUCUGUUGACGGUUUAAUAUGACAGUCUCUGCAUGAGAUAUUAAUAUACUGUAGCAAAGCAUGAAAGAAGCAUCAUUCUGUUAUUCUACCUAUACCCUGAGAAUAUAUUGUGUUGUGUAUGUGGUCUAAGUGCAAUACAAAAAAAAAACAAGAAUAAAUGAGAAGCAGUCAUAUUCAUCUAAAAUUAA